UGGUAAUCAUAUUAUUGACGAUUUUAUUAAAUAUACCCAAUUGAGUGCAACCCAAAACUUAGAUUAUCUCGAAUAUAUUGAUUUUAAUCAACUUGUUCUUGUGGAAAAUAAAAAUAAAGGUGGGGCAUAUAGCACAAUUUAUUCAGCAUAUUGGUUGGAAGGUCCUAGAUGGAUUUGGGAUGAAGAAGCUGAACAAUGGACACGUAAUGGGCCUAUAAAAGUUGCACUUAAAAGACUUAAUAACUCGUUAAAUAUGAGUGAGGAAUAUUUGAAGCAACUCUAUAAAUAUCGUCCAUCUCUUCUAAAUUUACACGUUUCAGAAGUAUUCGGAAUAACUAGAGAUGAUACUUCGAAUUUUAUGUUUGUCAUUAAAUAUUAUGAGAAUGAAGAUUUACAUUCAUAUCUUGAUCAA